UGUAAACAUCAAUCAUGAGACUAGCCAUUGAAAAAAUAAAUAAUCUAUUACUAGUCUAUUACUAGACUAGAUCUACUAGACUCUACUAGUCUAUACUAUACCUAUUAGAUCUAUAUCUAGAUUAGAUGAAAAUAAUGUACAAAAUCUAGAUUAGUCUUUGAAUACAUGGACAAGACACAACUUACUGAAAAUUAUAGUUUAAAAAUUGGCAUUAAUCAAUGUUUAAGAAGCUAGGAUGGCAGCAUUUCUGAAAAAUCUGGCUACUGGCUUCAAUGAUAUUGUCACUGCUGCACAAGCUAAAAUUAGCCCAUUUACUGUCCAAAGUGCCACUGUGGACAAGUUUUCACAAAAUGGGUGUGUAACCACCAAACAAGAUGGAUGCCUGACCUUGUAUAGAAGAACAGCAACUAUUCCAACUUACGAAUGUACUAUAACCAAACCAGAUAUGCCUACAAAAAUAUUUAGUAUCUUUCGUCAAACUGUGGAAACUGAAGCUGUUAUUUUAUAUAAUUCUUUGCUGACUAUGAUGCUUCCCAUAGUUAAUAGCUGCACUGUGCCAUGUCAAGAAGAUUACCUGCAGAAGCUACUGGACUGUAUCAAGGAGCAUCCAUCAUGGACCUGUGCUCAUGUUGCUGCCUAUUUGGGUUAUCACACAUGUCUAAAGUGCCCAGGCAUUGUUGAUUUUAUAGAUUCCCAGUGCAAGACUCACCAGAUGACUCCACUAAUGGUGGCUCUGAUUGGAAAGCAAGCUCUGGCUGCUGAAGAGUUACUUAGAUUGGGAGCUAGUCUAGAAAAAAAAGAUAAAAAUGGAGACACUGCCUACCAUUAUGCAGUUUUGAAUUGUCCUCCUCUAGUCUCUCUCCUGGUAGACUAUGACCACAAUGGGGUUAUCAACUGGUUGAAUGGUAAAGGAGAGUCAGCUCUAUUGAUUGCCUGUGAGCGCAAGCUGUCUGAAGCCACAGAGAUCCUGAUUGGAUCUAAAGCUGAUCCUCGAGUAGCCACUGCUGAUUGUUUACCUAUACAUGCUGCUGUCAGGUCUUGUUUAUCAGACGCCAGGCACAUCAUUUUAGCAGGUUUAUUAGACGCCAGGCACAUCAUUUUAGCAGGUUUAUCAGACGCCAGGCACAUCAUUCUAGCAGGUUUAUCAGACGCCAGGCACAUCAUUCUAGCAGGUUUAUUAGACGCCAGGCAAUAG